AUGGCGGGCAGACCCCGAAAACGCGGGGCGUCCAGCUCCACGGCUGCUACUGCCGACGACUCGCAUUCUAACGACUCACAUAUUCGAUGGUCCAAGGAAUCGGCGAUACUAAAACCGUUACCACCCGACCGCAUCGCAGACGAGGAUGAAUGGCCCAUUUUUGUGCUGAGGGAUGCGACCAUCUACCGUAAAGACGGCAAGACGCUUGCAAACCCUCUGCUUGUCCAUCUCCAAGGGCCUUUCGUGAUUCGCGGGCUGCUUGAGGUGGACGGCGAUAACAUCGAGUACCUUCCAGUGACCAAGCCCAGUGUGAAGUCUGCCUAUAUCGAAAUACCACUUUCGGACCGCUACUCUAUGGGAUGGGGGCCGAUCACGCUCUGGGCUUCGGGUGCAUCAGGCUGGUUCGAGAUCAGGCCAUCGCCAAAGUUCCAGCCCAUGUACGCCGAUGUCCGAGAGGCAAUCACGCUUUAUUUUGGGUUGCUCGAGGCUCACGAACAAUAUGAAUUGGCGUGCGGACACAAGAAGAAAGCCAACUGGCCACCUCCCCCGACCUUGGACGAGAUAUUUCUCAAGUGUGCUGUCAAGGCAGGCAAUGGCAUCCUGCGUGAUGAGGUCGAGGCCUUGUGCCAUAAAUGGGCCGAGUUUCUGAUCGGCCAUUUCACAAGGGAUGCCGCCCUGGCGUGGAAUGAGACGCGUUUUGCCAAGUGGUUACGACAAGCACAUCCAGACGUGGAUAAGAGGAUUGCCGAUGCAGCCAAGGGGAUACUUCCUCCACCCCCGCCUUCCAAGACAGAGGAGUCAGAAGAUACAAAAGCCCAGCUAGAGCGUAGGAGCAGGUCAGCUAGGGCAAGCACUCGAAGCAGUGAGAUUCGGGAUAUCGAGACCACAACAAGCAAGGGAAGAGCCAAGGUGGAGACACCCGUACCGCUCCCAGAGAAGUACAGGCAGUUUGUCCAGGCCUCAAGUUCAAAGCCAUCGCCAGCGCCCAUGGAUGCUCGGACAGUGACCCCUGCAACCGAUCGCGACCUCGAGACCCCGGUUGGCCGGCUGCUGGAUGUCCUAGAUGAAAUCGCGAGGGAAACGGAUGUAAGAAACGCCUCGGUGCCCAAGGUUCGCGGAACUGUGUGGAGCAAAUGCAAAAUCGAAAAGUACCAGGCCGCGGAGGAGAUUCUCGCGUACUACUCAAAGGAGCUUAUCGCCGGCCUGAGACCCGAGUGGAAGGGCACGCCCUUCUACACCUUUCUCCAAGGCUGUGCGAAAACACCAUUUGAGCCGCCGAAGUGGACAACGCUAGAGAUCAUGCCCCAGCAGACGUUCAGGCGCGCAUAUAAGGGCGGCCAAUAUAGGGUAGGGACACUCCCUUCUACAACUGCCGCUGCAUCCGAUCUGCCCCCAGCUAUCGGUCUCGGUGGGAGGGCCAAAAGUGCGAUGGCGAGCCGGAGUGACGGGGAUUCAGAUGACGAUACCUUGGCUGAGCGGCGCGGCCGCAGAUCUGGCAAAGGUGCAACCCUGCGCUUAGCCUCCAAGAAACGGCCGGCUCCGGAUUCUGACGGGCACGAAAGUGGAAGCCGGCGUGGCAGGAAGUCGGCCAAGAACAUGAAUGCCAUUAGCGAUGAAUAUAUGGACGAUGAUGAGAACUCGAGUGAUGGUGAGGUCGAGGACACGGCCCUUUGUCACAGCCCCCCCUUACCGGAGGGCGCAGUCCGCCUGGUUAUCCAUGCUGAGAGAAUCCCUACCACGUCGCCGAAAGGUCCAAACGGGACCUGGACGUGCGAGGAAGAAGGCUGUGGCUACGUCGUGAGGUCGGCAGAGGAAGAGGCCGCCCAGGAGCAGAUUCGGGAGCAUUUCCAGGUGCAUGAAGCGCAAGCCGAGAAGAUCAGCCUGGCUGUUAAGGAAAGUCGGGGGCAGAUGCCUAUAAAGUAUGCAUACUUCCCUCCAAUUCUCUUACUUGUCCAUCUACAUCCGGGGGCAAGCCGUCGCCCUGCCCGCUCAUCCUAG